AUGUCAAAGCGAACAAGCAGCGCCGUGACGAACGGGAGCGCAGCCAAGGAUGCCGGCAGCUUCAACGAGCCGGCAUACGACAAGCAGAAACUCCUCUUAUCCGCCGACACGGGCCAUUUCUCCUUGAUUCGAGCACUUCACCUUGCGGAUGUCAUUACACUGUGCAAUGGUGCCUGCGGCGUUAUGUCGAUUUUCACCUCCCUCCGUUACUGUCUCGGCGAUCCCGCAUCUACUAGCACUCUGUACCUCGCCCUUUUCUUCUUGCCAUUCGGUUUAUUCUUUGAUUUCAUGGAUGGAAAGGUUGCGCGAUGGAGAAAGAAGAGCAGUAUGAUGGGUCAGGAGCUUGAUUCGCUGGCUGAUUUGAUAUCAUUCGGCGUGGCUCCCGCUUCCGUGGCCUUCGCACUCGGCCUGCGUACCGUUGUGGACCAUGCUUGCCUUACCUUCUUCGUUCUUUGCGGUCUCACUCGCCUUGCUCGCUUUAACGUCACUGUCUCGGUCCUCCCCAAGGAUGCUACCGGCAAGAGCAAGUAUUUUGAGGGUACGCCGAUCCCUACGAGCCUGGGCCUAGACGCAGUCAUGGCCUACUUCAUCUCACAGAGAUGGAUACUGGGGGACUUGCCCUUUGGUACGUGGUUCGCCGGGUCACCGCUCGAAUUCCACCCAAUCGCCCUCGUGUUCGUCCUGCACGGAUGCAUGAUGACAAGCAAGAGCAUUCACAUUCCGAAGCCUUAA